AUAAGAUCUUGACCUUAUACAAUAGUUGAGAUAACACGCGAUCUAUAUUCUAAUAGGUCGUGCUUGAUAAACAAGUUAAUAUUCUGCUGAAAUUUAAGAACAACGGAACUUGUGCUAUGGACAAUUUAAUUACGUCCAGUAUUCUUGUAUUGGUGUUGCUGAUUACCACGAGCGAGGCUUUACAGUGUCUGUCAUGUGACAACGUGGUGGAGGCACGUGAUUGCCAACGACUUGCAACGUGCGGUUCUCACGAAAUUUGCUACGUGCAGCGUAAAAUCGGAACGAACUUGAAACAAUAUUACGUGCUUGGCUGCAUUGAUAGAAAUGUGUGUCUUGGACAACAAGCUUCAAUGUUUGCUAUGGGUAAAAGAGAUACGUCCAGUAGCUUCUCGCUUCCGGUGGAAUCGCGUGCUAUUCAGUCACGUGAUAAAAAUACACGUGAUUCAAAUGGUGAUAUGAAUCUUUGUACCCAGUGUUGUGAUUCCGGAGAUGAAUGCAACAAGGACCUCUGUGGCUCCCCGCCAUCAACGAAUCUACGGUGUCUGUCUUGUUUAGAUAAAGAUGAUCCGAAAGAUUGCGAAAGUGUGACAGAAUGUGGUAGAGAUCAGUUUUGUUAUGUGCACAAGGGACUCAACCCAAACACCGCCAGUUACAGCAUUCGUUAUGAUUUAGGCUGCAUGGGUAAAUUGCAAUGCACAGCUUUGAAAAAUGCGUUCCAAUCUUCAUGUGUUGUUUGUUGUGAUCACACUGACCUCUGUAAUUAUGCUGCAUGUGACAAUUGGAAUCCGGGAGUCUCUCCCACGCAUGUGCAUUCGCCAACGAAACCAACAACAGCUGCAGCAACGACAACAACAACAACGACGACGACAACAACAACAACACUGCCUCCACUAUCUGUGCAAAUUAAUGGACCGGAUAAAGAUCACUUCCUGAAAGAAACACAAAUCGCCUGCGUCACAAACCCAGUUGCUGACACGUAUACAUGGAAAUUUAACGGGACAUCGUCCCUACCGGCCGGUGUAACCGAGCAGCUUAUAUCUGGACAAACGGGAGGUGGGUCAGGUAUAGAUAUUCUACAUAUUAAAAACUUGACAGAGUCAACAUUUGGAACGUACACUUGUGCUGCAACAGUCAGCGGAUAUACAACAGAACAAUCUCAUUUUAUUGGAAUACUUGCAGAGAAGCCCGUUGUCAACAUAAUUAAACCACCUGUAUCUUCAAGUUUUGCUAUGCAAUGUCAAGUAACUGGAUAUCCUGCUCCAAACAUACAAUGGGACUUUAUUCCGGAAGCGACGUCACAUGCACAACAGAAUAACAACCAUGGUCUACCGCACGAUGUCCAAGCCCUGUAUGAGACUUAUCAGUCGACACUGUUUGUAAAUAAGUACGUCCCUGUCGAUCACACUGGUCGCUGGUAUUGUAAGGCAAGCAACGCUGCAGGAACCGCUGUUAAAGAAGUACACAUUCCAUAGGUGUGUUAAAGAAGUACACAUUCCAUAGGUAUACUGUAUACUUCCUCUCUGCAACUUUCUUUCAUAUUCUGUUGUUUUUAUGGUAGUAUUCAUAUUUUACUGUAAACAUUGGAAAAUAACAAUGUUAACAUAAA